AUGGCUCGCUCUUGUGGAACCCGUGACCAAGACAAAGGGUACAACUUGCAGGGCGUACCGACGGGUGCGCUGGCGUGGACCCAUUGUUCUGAAGAGGGAUUUGUAACGGUCAAAAUCUUACACUGUGACACUAAAACAGGCAAAGCCAGAGUGGAGAUUGACCCCGAAGGAGCUUCCAGCGUGGUCGCAGCACAGGCAGCUGCUGAUGUUGUUUCACACGCUUGGGCCUCACGAUCGAUCACGCCUCAGGAAAAGGCUUCUUCUGUGGACAAUGUGUCUAAGUGUCAAGCGUUGCACAACACACUUGAGUCCUCCGAGACAAAUGCAUCCCCAGAGAAGAGGAAAAUUCCGCGCAGGGAAAAGCGGGUCGUUCCGUCUUUGCUGGAUGCCCCGGAGGCGGCAACCCAAGCAUUCGCCGACCCUCUGUCUACGCAUGCCACCAGUGGAUUCGAAACUCCAUCAUCCGCGCAGGAAAGCGAUACCGACGAUGAUUGCGAAGGACCGUCGGAUGCUCAGGAUGACCCUUCCAGUUGCACCACUGUCUUGGCCUCGGACUUACUAGAGCGCCCGCUUGCCUCAGCACAACAGCUUCAACAACGGGCAUCAACCGCAGCAGCAGCUGCUGCUGAUGCAUUCAGGGCAACCUUUAUAUCCAAACCACCUUUUGAAGUACCG